ACACAAGGUAGACGUGUCUCAUCAGCGAUGUUAAUCGACCCUACAAAAAACAGUGACAGUCGGUAAAAUCCCCAAAGACAGACGUCGAGGAUGUUUAGUUCGUUGAGACUGACCACUAUGCGCUCGCACAAGAAUCGUGCCAGACCUGGAAGUGUAGCUACCUCAGCGAGUUCCGAUUCGGCCAGAGCGGACGAAAUCACGUCUCAAUCCUACCAUCCGCACAGUUUCCUACUGUUGGAUGACCAAGACAGUCCCGUGUCGACUCCCUCGAGCGUGUCCUCGAAGGUCGCCCAGGUCAGAGUGGAACGUGAAGGCGGCAGUCUAGGAGUCACCCUCAGAGGAGGAGUGUCGAGGGCUCUGGUGGUCACCGGAGUGAAAGCGGAUGGACCUGCGGCAAAAGAGGGAAGAGUUAGGCCGGGAGACAGGUUAUUAGCGGUAGACGACACUGAACUGAGGGGUCUGACCUUGGCGGAGGCUCAAAGAGCGCUCAGGAGGAGCUCGGACGCCCCUGUUGCUUCCUUGACUAUCGAGUACGACGUCGCUAACAUGGAGGAGGCGCGAGCCGCCACUUCUGGUCCGCUUUUGGUGCAGCUUGAACGGGGUCUUUCGGGAGAGCUAGGACUGACGGUCAGAGAGACACCGAACGGCGUCUACAUCGAGAGUCUCCGACCAGCCAGCACAGCGGAUCGUUGUGGCGCCCUGCAGCCGGGAGACAAGCUUCUAGCCGUGGACGAGACGCCCGUUCAGGACGCCGUAACAGCGGCUAAAUUGCUCAGGAACAACUUCGAUACUUGCCGCAUCGCCAGACUGCAGAUCUUACCCAGGCCACCGAGCACCUCCCAGAGGACUGUGAAAAGGAGGGCGCAACCGCAGGCCCAACAGACCUCCAGCCAAACCCUUCAGACGAAGGAGAGCUUGACCAUCGUGCUCAGACCAGAUCACAAAGGGUUCGGCCUGGCUCUGAAGCCUGCGGAAGAUCGUUUGAACUAUGUGGUCAGCUUGCUGGAGGCUGGGGGCCCUGCAGAGCGCAGCGGAGUUCUUCUGCCUGGUGAUAAGGUGCUCGCCAUCAAUCGCAGGAUGCUCAGAGACAUGCAGCCGGCCGAGGUCACUAGCAUCCUCGAAACCUCGCAAAUGAUUGAACUGGUAACAGAGUACAAAGUGGGCGGCCCAGUUGUACCGAGCUCAGGAGUGUUUACCGUAAGAGUAGCGAGACCAGUAGGUGGUCAGCCGGACGUGGGUCUAACGGUGAACGAGGAUUUGAUCAUCACCGAAGUCCGGAAAGGGUCGUUAGCUUAUAGAACCGGCAGUCUUGCGCCUAGAGAUAGACUACUGGCGAUAGACGGACAAAAACUGGAUCCAGGCGACCUCAGGCAAGCGGCACAGUUGCUGCAUCGACCUGGAAGCUCGGUCGUUGCUUUGACCGUCAGGAAACCGGACCCCGCAUCAGAAACUAGGGACUCCAGCAUAGGAAGUGACACGGUUCAACAAUACCCUUCAGGGAUUCUACGGCCAGCAAGAGAGAGUUUACCAAGCGUAGACAGUGCGGUGGACUCUUGGGGUGAGUUAGGAGAGAACAGUGGGACGGGUCCAGAAAUUCUUAGACUUUGGGACACAGCUUCUGUGGAUAGCGGUCAACUGGAUCUACCUAUGCCUCCUUACCCUGGGCCACAGGAAUGCAGCAGUUCGGACAGACCUCAGCAGAUUGUCCACGUGUCGCUGCACAAGGAUCCAGUGUACGAGGACUUUGGGUUCUCGGUGUCGGAUGGGUUGUACGAACGUGGAGUAUACAUAAAUCGUCUACGACCGGGAGGUCCGUGCGACGGUAUUCUAAGACCGUACGACAGAAUUCUGCGGGUAAACGAGGCCAGCACAGAAGACUGCGAUUGUUGUUUGGCUGUUCCAUUAAUCGCUGCAGCUGGUCCGCGUUUAGACCUGACCAUAGCUAGACCAAUGUCUCCUCCGAACAUCAUAAAAACUCUGUAGGACAGGAGAUUCGAAUAUCGGUGGUGAGUCGUGGCGAAACGACCGGUGAACAUAUCUGGUAUAUUUUUGUACACACCUGUAUUUUAUUUAUAAAAAUAAAUGUAUAGAUUGCUUUUAGCUAAAACAUCUUCUCCUACAUACAGUCCACACACACCACAACCGAGCACACGCCUGUAAAAUAUUAAUAUGAUACGUUAAACCUCCAUGAAUUAAACUAAUUCUUACAUUUUAAAGUUUUAAAAUCUCGUUCGUUUUGUACACGCCUAUGAAUAUACAGAACAUAAAAGAACUGACAAUUGGGAAUAAAAAGUUGUUUUGACAAUCGUAAUCGCUAAA